AUGGCGCCAGGUCCAACCAAGCCGACAGCAGAGGAAAUUCAACAUUACAAUAUGCUUGUUGUGAAUGACUUGAUAGACCUGUACGACAAUGGUGUAGUUUAUUAUUCUGAGAGGUUUCCCAAAGGUCACUGUGUGCGAGUUUUUCUCCUUGCGAUCAUCUGUGAUCAUCCAGCCAUGUGCAAGAUGGGCGGAUUUGCUGAGAAGAAUCACAAGGUAGCCCCUUGCCCAAAGUGCAAGGUGCCGUUGAGCGAGCUCUUCUCUGAGAAAUCAUUAAAGAAUGAAUUCGAGGGACACAACGGUGAAGAACAUCGAAGAAAUUGUCAUCAUUGGCACGAUCUCAAGACUGAGGUGGAGCGCAAGAAUUUCUUUGACAGUUACUGUGUCAUUGACCCUAUGCACAAUAUUCUGCUUGGCAUAGUGAAGACUCAGUGGUAUGCAGUUUGGAUCCAAGGGUCUGGGUCUGCGCUUCAGAGCUCAACGGAGAAAACACCACGAGAGCUCAAUGUUAUUCAUCGUUUUCUCGAAAUGUUUGAAUCACCUUCAUGGGCCGGUCAACUCCCAGCUCGCAUUGGCGAGCCAGCUGGCGGAAGUCUUACAGCUGAUGAAUACCGAUCAGCACUUAUCGGACCUCUGGCUAUUGUUAUCCCUAUUGUGUGGGAAGCAUUUAUUGAAGACUCACAAGAUCAGUAUGAAUGCGCCAAGAAGCGCUAUGACACAGCACUUGUGAAGUACAAAAAGGAAUUGGCAGCAUGGGAGCGGAACUUUGCAAAGAAACAUGGUGAGACAUCUUCUGCGGCAAACCAACAGGCACAGCAUCAACAGCCUGGCGACUCAUCAACACAUGCGAACAUAGCGCUCGAGCAUCAGCCACCCGGUGAGUCAUCAACUGGAGCGAACAAGCCGGUGCAGCAUCAGAUGCCUGGUGAGGUAUCAAUGCAGAUAACACAGGCAAACAAGAAUGUCCAGGAGCAGAGGCAUGGUGCAUUAUCAAUGCGAAAGAAGAAGGACCCUCAGAAGUCUCACGAGAAGUCAACACCACCCAAAAAACCGGCGAGACGCAUGCAACAAGAUGAACCUAUCAACUUUCUCUGCCUUGCUACAGCCGUAAAACUUUUUCUGGGUCGAUCAAUCACAGAUGACUUGGUGGUUCGUGCACUAGAUUUGCUGCAAGAUUACCUGUUGGAAUUUAGAACAGUGCAGUUCCUAUCAACAGUCAUUGCGUUGUUCUCCAUACCAUGUUGUCUACAGUUGUAUGGUGAGGGUGCCAUGAAGCCGAACUUUCACUGGGUCGUACACCUACCUGACCAGAUACGUGACUAUGGGCCAGUGUACAACUUUUGGGCUUUCCUCUCGGAACGCCUCAAUAAGAUUCUGAAAAGUUACAGGAGUAAUACUUGGGUUGGAGGUCAGGUUGAGAUUUCGAUGCUGCGUGAAUUCGAGCGCAGCAUUCAUCUGGAUGCUAUGAUCAACGAAGUUGUCUCUGCAGGCUCUCCGGCAAGAGAAGAAGCAAAACUCCUUCUCAAGCGAAUGCUCGGAGAUGCAGACCAACUUCUGACAGGGACGGCUGAGUCAUCGCAGAAUGAUGAGUUAUGUGCACUACAAGUUCAGGCGGGCCCGGUAGCCUCUGUUGCUCCACAGUUGAGCGACAAAGCACAUUUGGGCUUGUUUGUCUACUAUAACCAAAACAUGCAGCGCGUUCACUAUCCUACUGAUCAUAACCCACCUUCCAGUACACGUCUUUUACAGGAGACAGCCCAGUUCUAUGAUUGGGCACUCCUCGAUGGUCGUCGCAUAACUGCAACAUCUCGAACACAACAAGAAUCUGCACAUUCAUCAAUAGUCAAGGUCUUAUAUGCUGGUAAAGCAUAUGGUGGUGAGGUUGUAUGCAUAUUUCACCAUAGUCAGCGAGAGAUUGCAGAGGAGAGGCUGUUUGCUGAGUUCCAAUGGAUGAAGCCCCUCAAUUUAAGCCCUGUCCAAGAUGACCCCUGGAGUGAAUUCCCUGAACUUGAGGUCGAGACCUGGGUUCUUGGAGAGUUUGCUCUUGCGAAAGCACCAGGAUUCCCACCCCCUGUCCUUCUCUUUUUCACAAUUCAAUGUCAACUCUCUCGUGGAAUCGUGUCGACUACCAAUCCCAAGAUGUGGAUAACAAUGACAAUGGAUCGGCAUGCGAGCAGAUUUGUAACACAGAGCUAG